UGUUUCGUUCGUCUGCAUAUUCUCAACAAAUUCCUUUUUCUUUUAGCGAGAAAAGUAGUAAUUCUAAUAAUAAAUACUUUACUCUAAAACAAAUAUUACAUCAUGGUGGAACUUCAACUUUAACUAAGAACCUUUUUAGAAAGCUUGAAAUCAACCCACAAAAUCAACAAUCUAUAUUUACCCAAUUUUCUUUUAGUGCUAGUUUAGGUGAUAGUUAUCAUGUAGUUAAUUAUAUAGAUAACCCAAAUAUUUUAGGCUAUUCGAUCGGUGUACAAACCGUUCAAAAUAAAAUUCCAAAUUAUAAAGAUAGAGAAUCAAUAUUAAGUUUAGCUAAAAUGAGUUAUGAUGCAUAUAUUGAAUUAUCAAAAGAAGCUGAAUGGAUUGAUUUAGAUGAGGAUUGGGAGAAACUACCAUUUGGUUGGGAAGAUGUAGGUUUGCGAGGUUACAUAUUUGCAGAUCCUGAUAAUUCUACAAUUAUAAUAGCAUUUAAAGGAACUAGUUUAUAUCUUGUUAAUGGUGGUGGUCCAACCGCUCACAAGGAUAAGCUUAAUGAUAACCUUAUGUUCUCCUGUUGUUGUGCAAAAGUUGAUUUCACUUGGAGAGGCAUAUGUGGGUGUCAUAUGGGAGGGAUGAAAUGUAAUGAUGCCUGUAUUCGAAAUGAAUGUGAUAUUAAGGAUAGUUAUUAUAAUGUUGCAUUGGAAAUUUAUAACCAAGCAAAAAUCGAUUAUCCAAAUUCAAAAAUUUGGCUUACAGGACAUUCAUUAGGUGGUUCAAUAGCUUCAUUGAUUGCACUAACUUACAACCUACCGGCAGUAUUAUUCCAAACUCCCGGUGAACUCCUUUACGCAAAACGAAUUGGGCUUCUUAAUAUCCCUGACUCCGAUUUAAACAAUUAUUUGGAUAAAUUGCAGAUUUACCAUUUUGGCCAUACUGCGGAUCCGGUAUACAGUGGUACCUGUAAUGGUAAAGCCUCAACAUGCUAUCUUAGCGGAUUCGCUAUGGAAACAAGAUGUCAUGUAGGUAAAACAUGUACAUACGAUACUCGUGCUAAACUCGGCUGGAAACGCACGAUUGUAAAUCAUGCUAUGUUACCAUUUAUGAAUCAGGUCAUUAAUGAAUGGCCCAGGAUUACGGAGGGGAAGGAGGAUAUUGCAACGUGUGAAGUUGAAUAUGAUUGUCAAGAUUGUGAGAGUUGGGAGUUUAUAUAG